GUACAUACGGAAAUCAAGUACUUACAAACGCUAUACACACACAAACCUCCUUUGUUCUGCUUAAGGGUUAAGCUGAUCAAUGAAUUAUGUAAUGAUAACUGUUCGAACUGCGUGUAGUUAGUAGUGAAAGGAUUUUGAAGGAGUUAUAUGUGCUGGAUAAAAAUGGGGAUGCUCGUACGUUGUCUGUUAUUGCUGAUGAGCCUCUGGGCUGUCGUGGAAUGCACGAAUCCGGGAUUUAAGGCCAGAAUAACACUGAAGGGUCUUUCCUACGCGAACGAUGUUGCCAUGGCGGCGUUGAAGAAGGGGGCGGAGAUGAUCACGUUCCCUGACAUGAGUGGUCAGUCUGGCAAAUUCAAGUACUCCGUGAAAAAUGUGCGGUUGACGAGUUUCACGCCACCGACUGGUGCCUUCACCCCGCUGCCAGGUCAGGGACUACAGUGGACCGGAAGUGGUGCCAGCAUCCGAGUGGACGGCGAUUUCUCAUACAAGGCGUUCUUUGUGAAGGGAAGCGGUUCCUUCACUGCUUCCGUGUCCGCCGUCAGUUUCGGUAUCGCCAUUAACAUAGGCGCGGACAAAGAUGGGCGUCCCCGGAUGCAGAGUGCUAAGUGCACGUGCUCGGUGGGCGGGGUGGAUAUCAAGUUCCACGGGGGCAUGAGUUGGCUGUACAAUCUGCUGAAAGGCAAGGUGGAGAACGCCGUCAAGAAAUCUCUGCCUCCACAGAUAUGUAAACUGGUAAACAAGUCGAUAGACCAGGAUGGAGAGAAGAAACUGGCGUCUCUCCCAGUUUCCAUCAAGAUAGACAAGUACCUCCUGGACUACAGGCUGACGGGGACGCCUAACUUUACGACUCAGUACCUUGAGACAUACCACAAGGGCGAAUUUUUGUGGGGCUCUGCCCCAGUGGAGAGUCCGCUUUCACCGCCCGCCCUGCCGACGACGGCCGCCGCCGAUCGGAUGGUGUAUUUGUGGGUCUCCGACUACACGUUCAACACGCUCGCCGCCGUCAGCCACCGGCACGGGAUCCUCAAGUUUAACGUCACCGCCGCCGAUUUACCGGCGAGUACCCGUGGUGUGUUGAACACAACGUGUGACGGAUUCAUUCCGAAAUGUGUCGGCGGCCUCAUUCCAGCGAUUGGAAAGGAGUACCCUAACAGACUUGUGGAUUUGCGGCUAGCGAGCACGGCCGCCCCACGCCUGUCUAUCACUUCCGCCGGCCUGACACUGAAGGCCUCCGGGACCGUAGAGCUGUAUGAGCGCCGCCCUGGAGCCGCGGCCGUCGGCGCCUUUCUCCUCUCACUGGACGCUACACUUACCACAACACUUGAUGCGUCAGUAACGAAAGAUGUCCUGCAUGGCAAAGUACAUCAGUUAAGUUUAAACCUCAAAACCAAAAGGUCAGACGUAGGACCUGUCGGUGACGAGUUCAUGGACUUCCUGAUCAAGGAGGCGCUCAAUGUUUACCUCAUUCCAAAAAUAAAUGGUUACGGAACACGUGGCCUGCCGCUGCCCACCACAGACGAGUUCAACUUAACCAACUCAACUAUCCAGUAUUUCCAGAACGCUGUCAUGAUCGCCACGGAUCUGACGUACACGCCGCAUGUUCAAGUAGCCUCACCGGAAGUAGCAGACGGCACCGCCCUCAAAUACGUUCCUGCUUCCGGACACAGUGACAAGAACAUCGCAAUAUAUACACUGUGAUAUUUAAGAGGAAAGUCGUGAUCUCAUGUCGGGAAAAACUACGAAGAUGGUACACGACUCAGUUCGCGUUUUUUUAUGAACGAUUUGAAUGAACUCCCCGAGUUAUGUAUCUGCCGGCGGGUUUACUUCACCAUUUUCCUUUUCAUAUAUACAUUAUGUCCAUUGUAAUGAAACAAGUUGCAUUAUUCGUAUAUUAUUCAUUAUAACUAAACAUAUGUGAUGUGUACAGUUUUAUCCAAAGGUUGAAGGCAUAUUUGAUAUGUUAAACAAAUCAUUAGAAUAAUCGACAAAUACAUAUUUUUGUCAAAUUCACAUUAUCUUAAACCUUUAUAUUGCAUCUCUUUGAAUGGCUUUUGACAUCACUUUGUAAGAGUGAUGGUGAUUUUUUAUCUACUCAGUGAUGUGUGAACUACGUAAUUUUUUCCCGAAUAUUUAAGUGACAGUCUUAUACAAUUCAAUACAUACAGAAAUAUAACAAACAUACAUUUUGACUGAUAAGCCUUUAACUUCUUACUAAAUAAUGCAUUUAUGGAAAAUAAUAGUUAUCGAUAACAAUAUUGUAUCCGUGUUUUUAAUAGCAGAAAGCGCAAACAUAUCAAAUAAUUGAUGAAUGCUAAAAGAUUUACUGUGGUCUACAAUAGUAUCAUAAAGGUAGAAAUACCGUCUGUUAUGCUCAUUUCGUUCAUAAUAAACUCGGUAUCCUUCAUAAGAACCAUUGUUUCCGACAUUUAUUCAUCUUUUUGGCGAAUAUUAAAACAAUAUUAUUGAUUGUGUUAAAUCUUAUUUGGAAGUAAGGGUGCAUUUAAAAGGAUAAAGUAAUCAAUGAAUACUUCUUAUUCAAAUAAUUCAAAAGUCGCACAUGUAUAUUUUUAUCUCAUUGUUUGUCUUUGCAUUGUUCCUGUUAUCAUUAUGUAAGAAUUUCGAUCACGUCAGUGGAAUUUUACGAAUCUCUUGUUACUAAAGUGUCUUUCACAUAUUUGCCGAAUAUUAAACACUGACUUCACGGGACCAAUAUUUUUAUUAAAGGAAGCUUAUUUUUUUAAGUUUAUUGUUGUAGUAAAUGUACCUGUUACAGUUGUUUACUUAAUUUGUGUGUAGAUGUAUGUGAUUGUACAUGACGGUCUAUUUUCUUUAAGAAUAAAUGAUAUUUUUUAGCAAAA